AUGGCGUUAGCCAUCAAAGUAAUCGAGCAGAUUAAUGAGCAGCUUAUGUGCGCCAUUUGCCUCGAACGCCUGACGUCGCCGUUGUUUCUGCAAUGCCUUCACACUUUUUGCUCUCAGUGUUUGCACAGAAUCGUUAAUAAUGACCCUACGCCCAUAAUCACCUGCCCGACGUGCCGAGCCGAGACCCAACUCCCAGAAAAAGGCGUUGAUUACCUGAUGCCCAACUUUUUUGUCACUCAAAUGUUGGACUUGGUGCAACAGAAAUCUGAAGAGCUGAAAAAAGAAAUUCGUGAGAACAAAAAAUGCACAGCCUGUGAUAGCACAAAAACGGCUGAUAUCGCAACUUCGAGAUGCAUAGACUGCAGCAGGGAUCUGUGCACUAGCUGCGUUGCAGAACAUAAGCGUGCCCACGCCACGGUCGACCACAGAAUCAUUGCAACCAGCGAAGACGACGAUACUCAGGAGUCGCAGGAGCUGGAUAAGUACUGCUUGUCGUUUUGCAAGUACCACACAAGAAAUGUGAUCAAGUAUUUUUGUAACACUUGUGACGAUGCAAUCUGCAGAGUCUGCACCAUUCUCGAGCAUAGGGAACACCAAUUUGUGUACCCCAGAGAAGCACUACCUGCCAGACGAGGAGCUAUCGCAGACUUGCUUGAACAAGUUAAGUCGCGCAUGCCUCAGUUGAGGAAAACGCUGACCGAAGUCCGGGAAAUGUCAAAGAGGCUGACAGAAUGCAAGGAAGCCAUUACCAAAGAAAUAUGUGAAAAUACGCAAGCAAAAAUAGAGGCGUUGCGAGGGGGUCAGAAAAGCCUGUUACAGAAACUUGAUGACAUCCACAUAGCCAAACAGAAAGUUCUCUGCUUGCAAAAGGAUAGCAUCGAGCUAGAGCUAGGGAAACUAUCUGGUUGUUGUGAGUUUGCUGAUAACGUCAUGAAGUUUGGCAACGAGGUUGAAAUUCUACAGAUGAAAGGGCGUUUAGAGAUCCUAAACGAUGUAAAGGUCAACUUUGAGCCAGAGGAAGACGACACGAUCCAAUACGUUCACGAUCCAGCAACGGCGACGGAUGUUUCCAAGUUACUCGGUAACAUUCGAUCAAGCAGCACCUUUGCCUCGAUUUCAUUCGCGAGUGGAGAUGGCAUUCAUACAGCGCGUGUCAAGAUGGAGACGACGUUUAAGCUGACCACCAAGGAUCGACAUGGCCAGAGGCAACAAGGAGGAGAUAGAGUGACUGUGGCCAUAACACAACCUGAUGGAACUCAUCUUCCAGCCUCAGUCAAGGACGAGGGUAUGUUUAUGAAUCCAGAUAUUGACUUUCAUCAAGGUUAUCAAAGGGUAUCACAACUCCAACAUAAGAAGAAUUAUCGUAAUCGUUCUAAUGAUUAAAAAAUAGCAAAACACUUCAAGAUAAAAGACAAAAAGGAGAAAGGCCAUAGGUAACCUGGGUUUUCCAAAGCUAGCAAAUAAAAUCAGCCUUACUCGCAGUAAAAGUUAGGUAGAUUCUCUUGGCGAUUGAACUGUGGAAGCCAGGAAAACUGGCGGUCAUGUUGCGUGCGAUUAAAAUACAAAUUGUAACAUUGAGUACUUUAUCGAGUGAAAAGUACAGCACUAAUUCUGCGUUAGAUGGAUCGCGCUCAGUCGGCAUGGGCCAGGAUGUGUCGCUCUCCUUCUCUAAGGUCGUGUCCUGUUCUAGUUGAAAUGGAAGGUCACGACAGAGCAAGCGGGCUAUGACAUCAUAUCCCGUGAGUCAGUGAGCAAACCCCAAACAUAGAAAAAUCAAAACAGAAACACGGGGCAAAAUAUUUAACUUGAAUAACUUGUAUGUAAUUUCGUUACAUAAUUUAUGGUUUCCUGCCUUUCUCUAUCUAGGGGACGGGACAUAUAUUGUGUCUUACAUGCCAGAGGUGAAUGGCAAACAUGAAGUGUCUGUUGCCAUUCAGGAUAAGCCAAUCAUGGGCAGCCCCUUCACUGUGGUCGUUAUUAACCGGCGCGAAUACUCUGAUGUUGGCGCGACGCUUCUUCGGUUUGGCCAGUAUGGCAGCAAGAAGCGCGAGUUCAAAUCCCCGUUCGGGGUUGCGGUAGACCACGAGAGUUACAUCUACGUUGCCGACAGUUACAACCACCGCAUUCAGGUCUUUGGUCCUAGGGGAGAGUACGUUACCCAGUUUGGUUCGCACGGAGAGCGCAAAGGCGAGUUCAAUUGCCCGACAGAUGUUGCCAUCGACAGCAAAGGAAGGAUUAUCGUCUGUGAUAAUGGGAAUAAUCGAAUUCAAGUCCUUAAUCGCAACGGCGGAUUCAUUGGAAAAUUUGGCCGUGAAGGUACUACCAAUGGCUUUUUCAAGUCUCCCUGGGGGGUGGCGACUUCCAAGAAGAAUGACAUUCUUGUCGCCGACAUGGAAAAUCAUCGAGUUCAGGUUUUCUCACCGGAAGGGAAGUUUGUGUCAAAGUUUGGUUCUUACGGUUGUGGUUCUGAGAACUUCAACUCCCCGUGUUAUCUGCUAGUUAAUCCUGAAAAUGAACACAUUUUCGUAUCCGACUCAAAAAAUCACCGCAUUCAAGAGUUCGAUAAGAAUGGGAAAUUUCUGCGACAGAUUGGGAGCCAAGGAUCAGGGGAGGGGCAAUUUUCGCAUCCACGUGGAUUGGCUGUCGAUAUCGUUGGCAAUCUUGUGAUAGCCGAUAUGGGAAAUCACCGCUUUCAGAUCUUGACCGCGAAAGGUAGAUUCAUUAAGGAAGCUGGGUCCGAGGGAAGUGGAGAUGGACAGUUGUCCUUCCCAGAAAGCGUUGCGAUUAUGCCCAAUAGCGGCUAUAUUGUUGUGUCUGAUCUUAGCAAUAAUCGAUUGCAAGUCUUUUAA